AUGGUGUCAGUGCCAACUGUUGGCGCCGCGGCUCCUGCAGCCACCCAUAGCACGAAUGCAAGCACGCGAAGCUCACCCAGUGCUCCCGCUGGCACCUCAUCGAAACCGAAACCCAAGGUGAAUUCUAAUGGAUAUCACCCGAUCAAUCCACAGACACCUCUCAGCUCACUCACGAGUGCUCCGCUGGAUCUGACCUCCGUCGAACGCCGCGGACAGCCAACCGCAGUCAGGGAACCAGUCGUCAAGCAGAGCCGUCCUCACGGUCUACAAGAAGCACCGACGUACCGCCCAACGGAAGAGGAAUGGAAAGAUCCUUUCGAAUACCUACGGAAAAUCACACCUGAAGCAAAGAAUUUUGGCAUCUGCAAGAUCAUUCCACCUGAUUCCUGGAAUCCAGACUUUGCCAUUGACACUGAGGUGCGACAAUCGGCGCAUUCCCAGCGUACACGUGCCAACCUCACAUAUCUUGAUGGGCUCUCAAAAUUCCACAAACAACAUGGCACCAAUCUGCAUCGCUUACCGUACGUGGACAAGAAACCGCUUGAUCUUUAUAGAUUAAAGAAAGCAGUCGAGUCGAGGGGCGGCUUUGAAAAGGUUUGCAAGCACAAGAAAUGGGCAGAAAUUGGUCGCGAUUUGGGCUAUAGUGGGAAGAUCAUGUCCUCUCUUUCGACGUCGCUCAAAAACUCUUAUCAACGAUGGCUUUGUCCAUACGAGGAGUACCUCCGACUCGCGAAACCCGGUGUUCACCAACAGCUGGAGCAAGAGUAUGGUGGACCAUUGACCCCGAGUCCUGCGCAAACUCCAGCUAAGCGAUCAAAUGUCAACACACCUCUCAGCAUCCGAGGUGAUUCCCCAGCGCGCAAUGCUUCCGACGCACUCCAGGCCAACAUCAUUGGAGUGAAGAGGGAAACGGAUGGCGACACGCCCAUGCCCGAUGCCAUACCCUCUCAAGCUCCAACAUCUGGUGGAUUUACAGCAGUCAACUCGGGCGGGUUUACUCCCGCGAAUGCUGGCUUCACAAGUGUCAAUCGCAGUGUGACCAGUGAGCCAAAGAGCUUCACCCCUGACCCCAAGCGAUUUGACAGCCCUGCCUCUUCAGCAAAGAACACUCCAGAUAAUCGGGCUUCAAGUUUAAAAGAAACAGCAUUGAAGCGUCAACUUAGCUGCGAAAGCUCAUCUGAAUCGGCCAGAAAGGACAUCGAUAUGGAGGAUCCUGAAGCGGCUAGCGGUCGCCGCAGCAAGCGACUCAAGAAAGAUGCUGUCCCCACUGUGGCUGGAUCGCACAUGACGCCAUUCCGUCCUUCAGUGCCCAGGAUUCCGCGAGAAGAGCCACCACCACCAGGCGAGAAAUGCGAAACUUGUGGUAAUGGUGAAGAUUCUGGCUCCCUACUGAUUUGCGAGUCUUGCGACCACUCCUACCACCCAGCAUGCCUCGACCCACCACUGAAACGGAAGCCGGAUAACGAAUGGAACUGCGCACGAUGUCUGGUCGGAGAUGGCCAGUUCGGGUUCGAGGAGGGAGGUCUUUACUCGCUAAAGCAGUUCCAGCAAAAGGCAAACGACUUCAAGCAGGGCUAUUUUGAGAAGAAGAUGCCAUUCGACCACGAGCUCAACUGCCAUCGACCUGUCACCGAGGAGGAUGUUGAAACCGAGUUUUGGAGAUUGGUUGCCGACCUGGAAGAGACGGUUGAGGUCGAGUACGGAGCCGAUAUCCAUUGCACAACUCACGGUUCAGGAUUUCCGACAGCAGAACGACACCCUCAAAACCCGUAUGCGACUGAUCCUUGGAACCUCAACGUUCUUCCCUUCCAUCCUGAGAGUCUGUUCAGACAUAUCAAAUCCGACAUCUCUGGCAUGACAGUUCCCUGGGUCUAUGUUGGUAUGAUCUUUUCGACAUUCUGCUGGCACAACGAGGAUCACUAUGCAUACUCUGCCAACUACCAGCACCUUGGCGCAACCAAGACUUGGUACGGUAUACCAGGCGAGGACGCUGAAAAGUUCGAGAACGCCAUGAAGGAAGCCGUCCCAGAGUUGUUCGAGACUCAACCAGAUCUACUCUUCCAGCUUGUCACGCUCUUGACCCCCGAACAAUUGAAGAAAGCCGGAGUUCGCGUAUACGCUCUGGACCAGAGAGCGGGUCAGCUCGUUAUUACAUUCCCGCAGGCUUACCACGCUGGUUUCAACCACGGAUUCAACUUUAACGAGGCUGUCAACUUCGCCCCACACGACUGGGAACCUUUUGGACUGGCUGGUGUUGAGCGAUUGCAACUCUUCCGCAGGCAACCAUGCUUUUCUCACGAUGAGCUUCUCUGGACCGCCGCGGAAAGUGCUGCAACAGGUCUAACCAUUCAGACCGCAAAAUGGCUAGCACCUGCCCUCGAUCGCAUACACAAACGAGAGUUGUAUCAAAGGGAGCAAUUUGUCGCGAGACAUCUUGAAACAGCGCCUCAUCACUGUAAAAUAGGAGGAGGCAACGAAGAUACAUGUUCUUUGACACUUAAGAUAGAAGACGAAGAUGUCCAAGACGAAGACGAGCAGUGUUGCAGUUACUGCAAGGCUUUCUCGUACCUCUCCCGCUUCAAGUGCCUUCAGUCAGGCAAGGUUAUUUGUCUGCUUCACGCAGGCUACCAUGCUUGCUGUGAUCUGCCCGAGCAAGCUCGAUUCCAAGGCGAAGGACACAUCCUUUUCUUCAGAAAAGCGGACGAAGACAUGGGUGCGAUCUACCGCAAGGUGAUGGAGAAAGCACAAACUCCCGAGCUUUGGGAGGAAAAGUACGACAAACUACUUGAAGAAGAGGCAAGGCCGUCGCUCAAAUCAUUACGUGCUCUCCUCCAUGAAGGCGAGCGCAUUCCUUACACUCUCCCUUCAUUUCCUGUGCUUCAGGAUUUCGUCAAUCGAUGCAAUGAUUGGGUGGGAGAGGCAACAAACUUCAUUGUAAGAAAGCAGCAAAACCGACACAAGAAUGACAAAGCCUGGCAAUCAAGCAUGCGAAAAUCGAUCGGCAACUCUGAGCAGGACCAGAAAGAGAGAGAAUCUCGGAAUGUGUCAAACAUCUAUCGACUUCUCGAUGAAGCCGAACACAUUGGUUUUGACUGUCCAGAGAUUUUCCAGCUUCAAGAGCGCGCCGAGGCUGUCAAACAAUUCCAGACCACUGCAGCGCAGGCCUUGAGGAACACCUCCACCUUGUCACAGAAGACGGUCAAGGAACUCCUCGAAGAAGGGCGCGGCUUUAAUGUGGACAUUCCUGAGGUUGACCAAUUGGUGAAGGUGCUAGAGCAGUCAGAAUGGAAUGAGAAGGCCUUCGCCAACCGAGGAGUGUAUAUGACUCUUCAAGAAGUCCAGGAUCUUAUUGAAGAAGGGUGCAAACUUGGCAUUCCAACAUACAACGACCAUUUGACCUACUAUCGCGACCAGAUGCACGCUGGUCAGCAAUGGGAGAAGAAAGCCAAGGAACUUAUCGUUGCUGAGUUUGUCCACUACCCGCAGCUCGAAGCACUGUCGCGCCAAGUGCAGAUCAACGUGCUUCCAGUUUCGCAGGAGACUCUGAGCGCAGUCGAUCAGAUCCUCCACAAGCAACGCGAAGCCCAGCGCCAGAUAGUUUCAUUAUUGGACCGUUGUCGGCUCCCCGAUUUGCAUGAUCGACCCAAGUAUUCGGAAGUCGUAGAGAUCCAGAAGAGAUUGGAAGACCUUAACUCGAAACCCGAUGGAACUCUUGAGCUCGAAAACGAACGCAAGCGCCACGAGGAUUGGAUGCGAAAAGGCAAGAAACUCUUCGGUAAAUCCAACGCCCCUUUGCAUAUCCUCAAGAGUCAUCUUGAGUAUGUACUAGAGCGCAACAUGGAUUGCUUCGACAUCGAAAACGACACGCCUCGAAUGCCCGGGGAGCCAGUUUCAAGAGAGGUCAGCCCUGAGCAAGGAUCCAGCAAAUGGGACGAAAGUCGUUCCCGACAAGUCUUUUGUAUUUGCAGAAGGGUCGAGGCAGGAAUGAUGAUUGAGUGCGAGAUGUGCCAUGAAUGGUAUCACUACAAAUGUCUCAAGAUUGCCCGUGGCAAGGUCAAGGAGGAUGAUAAGUAUACUUGCCCGAUCUGUGACUGGCGGAUGAAGAUUCCCCGAGAUGCUUCGCGACCGAAGCUGGAGGAGCUGCUGGCCCUUGCUGAGGAAAUGGCAACAUUGCCCUUCCAACCUGAGGAAGAGGAGGUUCUCAACAAAAUCAUCGACAACGCACAGAAUUUCCGAAACCAUAUUGCUAACUAUUGCAACCCGUUAUUGUCUACGGAAGCCGAGGCAGAGACGCAACGAUUUUAUCUGCGCAAGAUUGAAGGGGCGGAGGUCUUGCUCACAUACGAGACCAAUUUCUUCCGCCAAGAACUCCAUAAAUGGUGCCCUGUGGCCCCUGAAGCGCCGCCGAUCCAGGAGCAGUCCAGAAGUACACGAAAACCACGACCGACAAAACUACAGAAGAUGUUGGUUGAGUACGGCGUUGACAAUCCCGACGACUUGCCGGAGCACGCCCGAGGAAAGGCGAACAGUCUGCGCCGGAAGGCAGCCAACGCUGAAGCCGCAGCAGCGGCAGCCUCGCAUUCUACGGGUGGAAUUGGAUCCGGGUAUGGAGGGUCGGGAUAUUACCCACGUUCCGGUGAAGCUGGCAGCCCUAACAGCCACGGAGACCGUCGCGAAUCGCAGUCCUCAGGCCAUUCAAGAACCAAUUCGGUGAGCCUGGGCAAUGGAAUGCAUGCUGGGCCCCUCGGAGCUGGCGGUCCACAGCUGGUAGUUGACUACUCGUCAAUGUCUUUGGAAGACAGAAUUCUUCAAGGUCACGACGAUGGUCUCAACUUCCAAACCGACGCUGAGAAGAGUAAAGCUUUGGAGAUUCUUGCGAGGACCGAAUUGGGCAGAAAACAAGCUGAGGCCAUGUGGGGACCCAAUGUUUGGGGAACCGGACGUGGAUCCAUUGAGAGACGCGUAUCUAACCCGAUGGACGAAGAAAUGAUCAAGCAGGAAGAUGGUAACGUGGAUCAGAUGUUCAAGGAGAUGACGAACCAAGACGAAGAUGACGAGAAAAAGAUCGAUGCUGGGGGAGAUGUCACCAUGACCACAGCGUCCUUGGAAAAGGAGAGAAAUGGGAUGGACGCUCUUCUAGACGGGGAAUGA